AUCACAAGAAUUAAAUAUAAUAUUUGGAUUUCAAAUGGUGAUGCAGACAACUCUGCUAUAUAUUUUUACAAUACAGUUUGCUGUCCAGCUUUAUGAUAUAUUUGUAACGAUAAAUACAUACACUAAUUAUGAACUGAUAAUCAAUAUUUUGGUCCCUUGUACUUGGUUUUCAAGUAACAUUAUAAAAAUAGUGGCUUUUAAUUAUGUCUGUGAAGGAAUUUACACAAAGGCAAAAAAAACCGAGAUGUUUAUCAAUAAAUUAACAAAUCUUACUUUCGACGUCGAGACGCAACAAAACAUCACACAGUUUCUAUUGCAAUUAUUACGAAGACCAUUAAGAAUGUCUGCACUUGGAUUUUAUUAUUUUGGUUAUAAAUUUUUACGAUGGAUUGUACAAGAUACUGCAUCAAUCAUAAUAAUUGUCAUACAAUCACGUUCAAAUAAAUAUAAAAAAAAUACUAUGUUGAAAUAUAUAGGAUCUCGAUUUGAGCACAUCAAUCAACAUAUUCAAGCAUUAAUACAGAAAAAGAAACGAUAUGUGAGACAAGCCUGGGCGACUUUCACUUCGUCUCUGAUUCAUCGUCACAUGGCCGGCACUGAAAUAUCCCAGCAAAUAAUAUGGAUUUUAAUGCAUAUUCAUCUCGAACUGUGUUCGAUAUCACAGGAUUUAAAUAUGAUAUUUGGAUUGCAAAUGCUGAUGCAAGCAAUUGCAUUUCAUGUUUUCACUGUGCAGCUUGUUAAUGAAUUUUAUCACACAGUCACUAUGUUAAAUUACGACACACCAAAUGGAAUAAGGAUUCAUAUUUUCAUUAUUUUUGUUUGGGCUAUAACCGGCAUCAUAAAAAUGGUUGUCUUUAAUUACAUCUGUGAAACAAUUUGCAAUAAGGCAAACCAAACAGAAGUACAUCUUAACGGAUUGACAAAUCUUAUUUUUGAUGUCAACACACAGGAAAAUAUCACACAAUUUCUAUUGCAAUUAUUACGGAAACCACUGAAGAUUUCUGGAUUUAGACUUUUUUAUUUUGGCUACAAAUUUGUUUUUGAGUGUGUGAAUUACAUUGCAAUGGUUAUAUUAUUCGUUAUACAAACACAUCCACAAGGACCACACAUGAAAGAGGUACUACUAAAUAAAAAGCAAUUGUAA